AUGGCCAACGCCCUCGGUUUCAUCUACAAAAUAUCGAUCCCGGCCGUCGCCGGCAUCGCCGUGCUGCAGUCGUCCAUAUACGACGUGCGGGGCGGCUCGCGCGCCGUUAUCUUUGACCGGCUGUCGGGCGUCAAGGACACCGUCAUCAGCGAGGGCACGCACUUCCUUGUGCCCUGGCUGCAGCGCAGCAUCAUCUUUGACGUGCGCACCAAGCCCCGCAACAUCGCCACGACCACCGGCAGCAAGGACAUGCAGAUGGUCAGCCUGACGCUGCGCGUGCUGCACCGACCCGAGGUGCAGGCCCUGCCCAAGAUCUACCAGAACCUCGGCCACGACUACGACGAGCGCGUGCUGCCGUCCAUUGGCAACGAGGUGCUCAAGUCGAUUGUCGCGCAGUUUGACGCCGCCGAGCUGAUUACGCAGCGCGAGGCCGUCUCGCAGCGCAUCCGCGCCGACCUGACGAAGCGCGCCCACGAGUUCAACAUUGCCCUCGAGGACGUGUCCAUUACGCACAUGACGUUUGGCAAGGAGUUUACCAAGGCCGUCGAGCAGAAGCAGAUUGCCCAGCAGGACGCCGAGCGCGCACGCUUCAUUGUCGAGCGCGCCGAGCAGGAGCGCCAGGCCAACGUCAUCCGUGCCGAGGGCGAGGCCGAGAGCGCCGACACCAUCAGCCGCGCCAUUACCAAGUCGGGCGACGGCCUGAUCCAGAUCCGCAAGAUCGAGGCGAGCCGCGAGAUUGCCCAGACGCUGGCCGCGAACCCCAAUGUGGCCUACAUCCCCGGCGGCAAGCAGGGCACCAACAUCCUCUUGAACGCCGGCCGGGCAUAA